UCUGUAUCGUCAACCGAAGUUGAAAAGUUUAGCGGCAUGGAUGAGACAUGGUGGGACGCUCGCAAAAACCCAUUGUUGCCAAUGAAUGCCGUCCGCAUUCGCUACAUUGGAGAUCAACUAGCCAGAAACCAGCAGCAACUGCAGACGACGCACUUAGUAUCGGCUUUGGAGGGCAAGACGGUAUUAGAUAUUGGAUGUGGCGGAGGGCUUUUAUCAGAGAGUUUGGCCCGACUUGGUGCCACGGUGACUGCCAUUGACCCUUCACAGCGUCUGGUAGAUGCGGCACGGCUUCACGGCCAACUGGAUCGGCGAACACGAAAUAUAAACUAUUUGGGGAAUACCACGGCUGAAGACCUGUCCCAGACUGGUGAUAAAUUCGACGUUGUCUGCCUUUUGGAAGUCAUUGAGCACGCGACUGAUCCGGAUUCUUUAGUAGAAGCUGCGGCGUCGAUGGUGAAGCCCGGUGGAUACCUGUUUCUUUCCACCCUAAACAAAACGAUCAAAAGUUAUCUGCUCACGAUUGUUGGUGCGGAAUAUAUAAUGGGAUACAUACCUCCCGGUACGCAUGAUUGGAAGCAAUACUUGUCGCCUGCCCAAGUAGGCGAAAUGACAUCUAGAAACGGACUUCGCCCAGUCGAUGUUUCUGGGUUGGUACUCCACCAACCGCCCAUGUUUGGAAAGUGGGAUUGGCGAUUGGAUUCAACGAAUGUCGAGGUCAACUGGAUCGCGACUUACGAGAAAGAGAACUAA